AUGGGUGGAUUCCUCACAGCACCACCCGCUAUGGGUGGAUACCUCACAGCACCACCCGCUAUGGGUGGAUUCCUCACAGCACCACCCGCUAUGGGUGGAUUCCUCACAGCACCACCCGCUAUGGGUGGAUUCCUCACAGCACCACCCGCUAAAAGCCAUGCCCAGCCCCCCACCCCUACUUCCCCCAUUCCUACACCCCCUAGCUCCACAGGCCUACUUCCCCCAGUCCUACUUCCCCCAGCCCCACAGGCCUACUUCCCCCAGUCCUACUUCCCCCAGCCCCACAAUUCUACUUCCCCCAGUCCUACUUCCCCCAGUCCCACAGCCUACUUCCCCCAGCCCCCCAGUCCUACUUCCCCCAGUCCCCCAGUCAUACUUCCCCCAGCCCCACAGGCCUACUUCCCCCAGUCCUACUUCCCCCAGCCCCACAGGCCUACUUCCCCCAGUCCUACUUCCCCCAGCCCCACAAGCCUACUUCCCCCAGUCCUACUUCCCCCAGCUCCACAGGCCUACUUCCCCCAGUCCUACUUCCCCCAGCCCCACAAGCCUACUUCCCCCAGUCCUACUUCCCCCAGUCCUACUUCCCCCAGUCCCACAGCCUACUUCCCCCAGCCCCCCAGGCAUACUUCCCCCAGUCCCCCAGGCCUACUUCCCCCAGCCCCCCAGUCCUACUUCCCCCAGUCCCCCAGUCCUACUUCCCCCAGCCCCACAGGCCUACUUCCCCCAGUCCUACUUCCCCCAGCCCCACAGACCUACUUCCCCCAGUCCUACUUCCCCCAGUCCCCCAGGCCUACUUCCCCCAGGCCCCCAGCCCCAGGCCUACUUCCCCCAGCCCCCCAGUCCUACUUCCCCCAGUCCCCCAGUCCUACUUCCCCCAGCCCCCCAGGCCUACUACCCCCAGUCCCCCAGUUCUACUUCCCCCAUGCCCCCAGGCCUACUUCCCCCUUCCCCCAGGCCUAUUUUCCCCAGCCACACAGGCCUACUUCCCCCAGUCCUACUUCCCCCAGCCCCACAGGCCUACUUCCCCCAGUCCUACUUCCCCCAGCCCCACAGACCUACUUCCCCCAGUCCUACUUCCCCCAGCCUCCCAGGCCUACUUCCCCCAGUCCCCCAGGCCUACUUCCCCAAGUCCCCCAGGCCUACGUCCCCCAGGCCCCCAGCCCCAGGCCUACUUCCCCCAUGCUUCCACCCACUCAUGCCAGGCCUACUUCCUCCAUGCUUCCACCCCCCCAAGCCUACUUCCUCCAUGCUUCCACCCCCCCAAGCCUACUUCCUCCAUGCUUCCACCCCCCCAAGCCUACUUCCCCCAUGCUUCCACCCCCCCACGCUAGGCCUACUUCCCCCAUGCUUCCACCCCCCCACGCUAGGCCUACUUCCCCCAUGCUUCAACCCCCCCAAGCUUACUUCCCCCAUGCUUCCAACCCUCACGCCAGGCCUACUUCCCCCAAGCCUACUUCCCCCAUGCUUCCACCCCCCCAAGCCUACUUCCCCCAUGCUUCCACCCCCCCAUGCCAGGCCUACUUCCCCCAUGCUUCCACCCCCCCAUGCCAGGCCUACUUCCCCCAUGCUUCCACCCCCCCAUGCCAGGCCUACUUCCCCCAUGCUUCCACCCCCUCACGCCAGGCCUACUUCCCCCAUGCUUCCACCCCCCCAUGCCAGGCCUACUUCCCCCUGCCCCCCAGCCCAUACUUUACCCAGGCCCCAAGGCCCUCGACCUUCUCUAGUCCUUUCCUGCCUCAGGAUGCAACAGACAGUGUGACGUCCCACUAA